AGCUUUGCUUUCUUCUGCCUCAUCGAAGUAUCCCUCUCCCACCACUUUUUACUACAACCACUACUGAUCUUUCUUGUUGUUUGUUUGUUUUUUCGGUGGUCUUGCUUUUUUGCUUUGGACGCUCAUUAUGUUCCAAGAGAGCAUUGAAUGAAUCUUUGAAGCCCAAACAAAAGAAAAGAACAGGAGAGAGAGAGAGACCCCUUUCUUCCUUUCUUUGUUGUUCUGCUCUCCUUUUCUUUUUCUCUCCCUGUUGGGGGCAAUACACGGCUUUUUUAUCUGCUCUUAUUGUGUCGGUCAUCGAGCUCUCAAUUGAAUCUUUGAACAGAAGGGGGGAAAGGAACAGGGAAAGAAGAUUCCUUUCUGAAAAGCACAGGAGGUAUUUGUGGGCAAUAUCUGUUUUCUUCCCAAAUUUAUUUUGUGGUGGGCUUUGAUGGGUUUGUUCUUGGCAUUGAAGAUAUUUCAUUUUCCCUGAAGCUUGUAAAUUCUGGGGGGCGGGGGUGUUUCAGAUCUUUUAAUUUCUUAAAUUGAGCUGGAAAUCGGGUGUUCUUUUGCUUUCUCCCCUCAGGGUUGGGUGGUUCUCUCAAUUGGGUCUCUCUGAUUCUGGUGAAAGGAGCUUUCUUGGGAGUAAAGUUCAUGACUUGAGCUGCUGGAGCAAGUUGAGAAGAAAGAUGGAGUUUUGAGCUGCAAAGUAGAGAUGUUUAGAGGCUGUUAUCCCAUCAGCAAUGUUGAAGUUUUUUGGAAUUUGGGUUAUUCUUGCAGGGGAUUUGGGAAAUAGAAGUUAGUUGAUCCUCUUUCUGGUUCUGCAGAGACGUGGAGCUGAGAAAUUUCCCACUUUCGGUGUUCGGAUCAUCGAACUCGCGUAUUGCUUUCGGUCUGGUGAAGAGUGAGAAAAGAGAGUGGAGGGAAGAUGAUCACCUUUAUGGACUCCAAGGAGAAGCUUAAAGAUGUUGAGAGGACUUUGGACUCUCAGCUAUGGCAUGCCUGCGCGGGUGGGAUGGUCCAAAUGCCGCCCGUGAACUCGAAGGUCUUCUACUUUCCUCAGGGCCAUGCCGAGCACGCCAGUGGGCCUGUGGACUUCCGGAGCUUCCCCCGGCUCCCCCCUUACAUACCCUGCAGAGUAUCCAGCAUCAAGUUCAUGGCCGAUCCGGAGACUGAUGAGGUCUAUUCGAAAAUCCGUUUGAUCCCGCUGACAGGAGCGGAGGGGCCUGAUUUCGAGGAUGACAGGCUUGGAGGAGGUGGCCUCAGCGGGCCUGAUGGGACCCAGGAGAAGCCUGCCUCUUUUGCUAAGACCUUGACCCAGUCCGAUGCGAACAACGGAGGUGGAUUUUCCGUGCCUAGGUACUGCGCGGAGACGAUCUUUCCGCGCUUGGACUACUCGGCAGACCCGCCCGUUCAGACCAUUCUUGCAAAGGAUGUCCAUGGUGAGACGUGGAAGUUCCGGCACAUUUACCGUGGGACCCCGAGGCGGCACCUUUUGACUACGGGGUGGAGCACCUUUGUCAAUCACAAGAAGCUUGUAGCGGGUGAUUCGAUUGUGUUCAUGAGGGCCGAGAAUGGGGACCUGUGUGUCGGGAUCCGCCGAGCAAAGAGAGGGAUUGGGGGUGGGCCUGAGAGUUCGACAGGCUGGAAUAGCUGUUCUGUUACUCCCUAUGGAGGAUUCUCAGCAUUUCUGAGAGAUGAGGAGACUAAGUUGAUGAGGAAUGGGAACGGUAGUAAUGGUGUAGGUUCAAACGGCGGGAGCAAUGGGAAAGGGAAAGUGACUAUUGAGGCGGUUGUCGAGGCGGCUAAGUUAGCAGCAAGCAGGCAGGCAUUCGAGGUUGUUUACUACCCACGAGCAAGUACACCAGAAUUUUGCGUGAAGUCGUGCUUGGUAAAGUCGGCAAUGCAGAUAAGGUGGUGCUCAGGGAUGAGGUUCAAGAUGGCCUUCGAGACUGAGGAUUCCUCGAGGAUAAGUUGGUUCAUGGGGACAAUCUCCUCAGCCCAAGUAGCGGAUCCCAUUCACUGGCCUGAUUCUCCGUGGAGACUACUUCAGGUAACGUGGGACGAGCCCGAUUUGCUCCAGAACGUGAAACGGGUCAGCCCGUGGCUGGUGGAACUGGUAUCGAACAUGCCAGCGAUCCAUCUCUCUCCAUUCUCACCGCCCCGGAAGAAGCUAAGACUCCCUCAGUACCCAGACUUCCCGCUCGAAGGUGGCCAGUUCCCAUUGCCGCCAAUGUUCUCGGGCAACAUCCUUGGGCGGCCGGGCGGCAGCCCCUUUGGUUGCCCACCCGAUACAUCCCAUCCUGCUGGCAUGCAGGGAGCCAGGCACGCUCACCACUACGCUCUGUCCCUACCCGAUCUCCACCUCAACAGGCCCCAGCACGUGAACCCAGGUCCGUUCAUGUCCAGUCUCUCGCACUUUCUUACACCCAAUAGAACCUCAAAUGGUCCGUUGAUAUCCAAGCCCAGCACCAUCGACCCGGGUUCUUGCUUCCUCACAAUGAAGACUUCUGGCCAAGCUCGGAAGAAGCCUGAAGAUUCCAAGACUCCUCAGCUAGUCCUUUUCGGCCAGCCUAUUCUCACCGAGCAGCAAAUCUCUCUCAGCUGCUCAGGCAACACGGUUUCCUCGGAAGGGACCGUUGAUAAGAUUGGGAAUGCCUCCGAUGGCACCUCACAUAGGUCGCUCCAACUGUACAGAGAAAAUCACCGCAAAACUCCUGAGCCUGCUGUUGAGAUUGGCCAUUGUAAAGUCUUCAUGGAAUCUGAGGAUGUGGGCCGGACCCUUGAUCUCUCAUUGCUUGGGUCGUACGAUGAGCUCUACAAGAAGCUAGCGGAAAUGUUUGGAGUUGAGAAUUCUCAGACAUUGAAUCAUGUCAAGUAUCGGGAUUCCACUGGUGCAGUCAAGCAUGUUGGAGAAGAACCAUUUGGGGAAUUUAUGAAGACGGCGAGAAGACUGACGAUACUAACAGACUCAAGCAGCGACAACAAGGUAGGAAUUUAGAGAGAGAGAGAAGCUCAGAGAGGCAGAGAUAAGCAUAGAAGAUUUUCAAGUGUACAGCUGGUAAUUAAUUGACCACAAUGUUUGCAUUCCCGAGCGGACUUUUUUUCCCGAUUCUCAAAUUUAUCCGGUAUCGAACCGAAUCUUCUGGAUUGAUAUUUGGAUGAUUGAGCUGUAUCAUCCCCAAAACUCUCUUUGUUCUCAUUGUCGUAAAGUAUGAAGAGAUUUUGAAGAAUCUGUUUGUGCAUCUCAAGUCUCAAUGAGCAGAUUUCUUGGUUUUGCUGU